AUGGACCACGACUCGGACACGGAGAUCGAGCUCGCCAUCGACCCGGCGCACGAGAUUGCGCAGGCGCAGGUCGCUGCCGCCGCCGCCGCCGCUCCUCCCCCGGCCACUACACCGCUCUCGGCCGCCGCCGCCGCGUCGGCCGCCAUGCCGCCACCACCCACCCCGACCGCAACCUCCACUUUUGCGGCGCCGCCCGUCCCCGAGGUGGUGUCUGACCUGGCGCUCAUCCAGCAGAUGGUCGACGCCGGCGAGGUCGUGGGCGCGCUCCCGCCGCUGGCCAUGACUGCUGCUGAGAAGCGGCGCGAGGUCGAGGCGAGCCUCGCGGCCAAGAAGCAGGCGCGCGCGAUGGACGUGGACGCCGCCGACUCGGACUCCAGCUCGGAGUUUGAGUCGUCCUCCGACGACGACGACAGCGACGACGGAGACCGCGUCCCCGAUAAACCCAUGACGGCGGAGGAGCACGCCGAGAUGAAGUCGGAGCUGGACCGGUUCAUGGGCACGGCGGCCGCCGGCGCCGGAAGCGACGACGACAGCGACUCGGACUCUGGAUCCGACCUCGACGACCUGUUUGCGCGCACGGGCAUGGAGUUUAUGGACGACAGCGAGGACGAGGGCGAAGGCGAGGGAGGUGCGGGCGGCGGCGUGAUCAUGAGUGUGCACGAGCAGCCCCUGCCGCCCGUCGCGCAGCCGCCUGUCAAUGCGCUCCCCGAGGACGUGCAGCUCAUCAUUGCCGGCGACGUCGUGAGCUGGAUGAAGGAGAAGGCCGUGGAGACGUGGCUGGCCAAGAAGGCCGAGAAGGACAAGGAGGCCACGAGCGAGGCCGCCGCCACGCCCGACGGCGAGGUCGCCACUCCUGCCGCGCCAACCACUACGAUCCCCAAGUUUUCAUCGGCGGGCACCAUUGUCAUCCGCGCGAUGCAGGCUCCCGGCGAGGGCUGGCUCGAGGAGGGCUCGGUCCUCUGCCUGUCUGACCGGCGUAUCCUCGGCACCGUGUGCGAGACGUUUGGCCCGCUCACCUCGCCCUUUUACUCGCUCCGUCUCCCUCCCCCGCCAUACCCGUACCCUUCCGCCAGCGACCUCGCCACCGGCACCAAGAUCUACUACCCGGCUGCCGCCACGUACCGCAAGUUUGUGGACAUGCAUGCCGUGCGGGACCCGCGGUUCGCGUCCGACGCCUCGAACGUGUUUGACGAAGAGGUCGGCGACGACGAGGUCGAGUGGAGCGACGACGAGGCCGAGGCCGCGUCCAAGCGCAAGCGCAAGCAGAAGAAGCGUGGUGGCAGCCGCGCACCGUCCCUGGCGCCGUCCUCGGGCCACCCGGGGGCCGCGCACCCGCUCCCUGCCCGCCCGCACUUUGACUAUGCUGGCGACGACGACAUGGCCUCGCUGCACGGCGGCGACGACGACGACAGGUGGGACGGUAUGAGCGACGCCGGGAGCACAAUGUCCACGGCGUCGCACCGCGCGCUGGUCAGCUACGACGACAUGUCCGGGCCCGGAACGGGCGCCGGCGCCGGCGCAGGCGGCGGUGCAGGCGGUGACCGCCGCAUCGCAGGCCGCGGAGGACGGGGCGGCGCUGCUCGGGAUAACGCCCGCGGCGGCGGCCGCGGUCGCGGACAAGGACGCACGCCCGGUCCUGGGCGUAACGCAAACGCAAACUCGAACGCAAACUCGCCACACCCGCUCCCGCAGCGCCCGGGCGCGGCGUGGGCCGGCAACCAGGCCAGUGCCGCGGGCGUGCACGCGCAGGGCAACGAGUACCAGGCAUACGAGCCGGCCGGUCCCCGCAACGACUCUCAAGCACUCUCCCUAUAA